AUGCAUCCGUUACUAUUCUCAAUAUUUUAUAUCUUUAUGAUGCAGUUAUUCACCGCUGAUAGUGAAUGCAACGAGAAAUUAUUUCACAACAGAUACUGUGUUAUAAAACGAUUUAAACGACGACCUAACAAUAUCACAAAAAAUGACACAAUAACAACAGAAACAGAUACGCUUCUCGACCAACUUGAAAUGAUGACAAUAAUUAGUAAUAAUGAGACAAUUAGGAUUAAGCAGAAGCAAGCGAUCUUCAAUCAAGAUGAUAUUUUAAGUUCAGAAUUUGAACCUCCAGAAUUUGCCUGUAACAGAAAUCAUUCAAAAGCAGCAGAAAUUUAUUGUUACGGAGACAUACUGCAUGUAGUGAUGAUGUUGGGCCUAUACAAGGAUUCGAAAACAUUUGUUGAUAAGCCAUUGAAAAAGGAUCCAGAUGAAGUGACCGCCGAUUUUCAAAGACGUUUUUCGAAAGCAGUCACAGAAGAAGACCGUGAGCAGGUGGAACAAUUCAUUGAGGAUAAUUUUGGCGUUGAAGGAGAGGAGCUUGAUCAGUGUGAAUUAUCAGACUGGCAAGAGGAACCUGAACGACUGCUUACUAUCGAAAAUAGUGCUCUACGACAAUUUGCACUCCAGAUUAAUUACAUAUGGAAACAUUUAUGUAGAACUGUGAAAAAAGAGGUUAAAGAACAGCCACAACGACAUUCCCUAAUUUACGUACCGAAUGAAUUCAUCGUACCGGGUGGACGUUUUCGUGAAUACUACUAUUGGGAUGGUUAUUGGAUUAUUAAAGGGCUUCUAGCAUCAGGUAUGCAAAAUACAACUCGUCGAAUGAUUGAAAAUUUCGCCCAUCUUAUAAAUACUUUUGGUUUUAUCCCGAAUGGUGGACGAAUCUACUAUUUACGACGAUCACAACCACCACUAUUUAUUCCAAUGGUUUACGAAUAUUACGCGGCCACAAAGGACGAUGAUUUCUUGGCCUCAGUAAUUGAAGCUAUGGAAAAAGAAUUAUUCUUUUGGAAGACAAGGCGUUCCAUAACAAUAGAAAAGAAUGGUCGGAACUAUACAGUAUUUCGUUAUCGAGCUGAAAGUAACAUACCAAGACCAGAAUCAUAUCGUGAGGAUUACGUAACAACUCAGCACGUAUUGCCAUCAAAAAAACGUGCUUUAUGGCGUGAUAUAGCAAGCGGAGCUGAAUCAGGAUGGGAUUUCAGCAGCCGUUGGUUUGCUGAUCGGAAAACAUUGGAAACCUGCGAAACGUCAAACAUAGCACCGGUUGAUCUGAAUGCAUUUAUGUGCUGGAAUAUGGGUAUACUGGCACACAUACAUGGUCAUCUUGGAAAUCUAACACGUCGAAAUGAGCUAAACAAAGAACGAAAUAUUUUCAUAGAUACAUUUACUGAUGUAUUUUAUGAUAAAAGAGAAAAAGCAUGGUUUGAUGUAAAUAUUCGAACUGGCAAACGGAACUAUGAAACAUAUCCUUCCAUUGCAAUACCAUUAUUUGCUGAAUGUUAUCGACGAUUGGAUACACGAAUGAUGAAUGAUGUACUCAACACAUUACAACGAAGUGGAAUUCUAAACUUUCCCUUUGGAGUCCCUGUUAGUUUGAUCGAAGGUACAAAUCAACAAUGGGAUUUUCCAAAUGGAUGGGCAAACGUGAAUCAUAUGAUUAUCGAAGGAUUACGAAGAUCUAAUUACUACAGGAUGCAACAAAAAGCAUUCGAUAUCGCACGAAAAUGGAUCGACCUCAACUAUAAAGCUUAUUUAAAAGAUGGCAAAAUGUGGGAGAAAUAUGAUGUCACUAAACCGUAUGAAAAAAAAGCUGGAGGCGGUGAAUAUGAGAUACAGAAUGGUUUUGGUUGGACGAAUGGAGUAGCACUCGAUCUACUGGUCACCUACGGGAAACUAUUAUCAUUUAAAGAUGAAAUGAAGGAUGUUCGAAGUACUUCACGUACAACUACUAUUUCCCCUGAUUUUAUUUUAUUAUUAACAUUGACACUUUUAUUAAUGGUUAAUGAUAACGCAAUCUGGUUGGGCAUGACAGCUCUCAGCUGAUGUUUUUACUAUCGAA